AUGGCCGAGUCUGUAAGAAGUACAUUGACAAUUGAGGGCGUUGAAAUGAUUGUAGAUGGCAAGCAUGUAUGCAACAACCAGGUAAUAUUUGCCAAAGGGAUCUAUGGCAUUGGAGGGCUGUCGAAUGGCAUUCGAAGGAUCAUAUUGGACUCGCUAACAAAAUCUUCAUUGCCAGAUAACAAUGAGAUGCUGAAUGUCUAUGGAAACAUACUAUACAAUGGAAAGCCGAUAUACUACGAUGAACUGCAGGGUAUGAUGAAUCCAUACAAAAUAUUCUAUUCCAACGAAAGUGUAAGGCAUUCACUUGAGUUUAUCAAUUUUCGCGAUGCAAAGGAACUUAUGGAGAUGUUUGAUCUUACAGAUCUUCAAGACACUUCUAUAUCUGAAUUAUCUAUAUCUGAGUCUAGGCUAUGGGAAACAGCAAUCAAUCUGGCCUCUGAGCUGAAGGUGAUUGUUUUAAGAGACUUUCAAACAAGGCAUUCCCUUGAGAAAAAAUACUUGUCUACGCUCAAGAGCUAUUCAGUAAGUAACCAAUGCGUUAUUCUUGUCGAAACAGAGUAUUCUAUGGAGUUUGGCCUGGAUGGGUGCAUUGUUAUUAAAAAAAACGAGGUAGAAUGUCUUGACUUUCACGAGAAUGCAGGUAUACAAAGAUUCGAGACCAUUAAUGCUGAUUUAUUAUACGAUUCUUUUCGAAGACGGUCCAGGCCAUACAAGACAUUUAGCCUCAGAAUGGUAGGUGAUGCAGAAUGCCCUGGAAAAAAUAACGGAUAUGGCCUAUGGCAGGAUGAUCUGGCUGUACACAGAGUAAAAUGUGUAGAUACGGAUCCAUGCUCUGCAAAUGUAAACAAUUGUAAAAAAGUACAUGACGAGGAAAGCAAAGCGAGAAUCGAAAGCCAAUCUCAAUCUGCAUAUUGGCUGUAUGAUAUGAACAUCAACACAUCGUUAGCAUUGACAAGAAGGAGGUGUAUUCUUGAAGAGAAGAAGACAAAAAGACUCAAAAAGCUUUUUUUCUCGUUCUCGAUCCAAAUAUGCAUUCUUUUGAUACUGAAGCUUAAAUACAUCAUGCUUAAUCAAUUCUCAAAUGCUUCAGUCAUUUCUUAUGUGCAGCUGGAUAGGCUUGGCAUUUGCGAGGCAGAAUGCUUGAUGAGGUAUUUAUUGUCUAAGAUACACCUAAGGAUAGAUCGCAUUUUGAAGCAAAUGCUAUUGCAUACUGUUUGCUUUAUAUUAAGCUUGGCUAAGUCGCUGAUAAGAUGGGUUGUGGAGUCAUUUAUAUACAUGAAGACACAUGACUGGAGCUUGAUGGACUACAAGAUAAUCUCAACAGGAAUAUACCUACUAGUUCUGAUACGUGGAAGCGCGGUCAUUAAUGAGGAAAAGGCACAUGUGUAUUGCCAUGUUAACAAGAUAUACUCUCCAGGCACGUAUUUCUUUCACAUUUUCAUAUAUCUGGUUCUCAAGAUAUGGAUUCCUGUGCUUGUAGUUUUCUAUAUUCUCAACAACGUUUGGGUUUCGUUAAUUUUUCUUGCCACAGGAACGUUUGUUUGUAUAUUGAUAAAUCUGACUAUGAGACUAAAGCUCAAGUGCAUAUGCAUAUGUGCGAUUCUAUCCUUCAACCUUCUAUACCCGCUGGAUUGCGAAAAUGUAGGCAAGAGCUUUUUCCUCAAGUAUUCUGAAUCGUUCAACUUUUUUGUUGCAUGCAGGGAAUUUUCAUACUCACCGUUAGAAAAGAAAAUGGCACAGCUUUAUCGUCUCCUGAGAGCAUAUUUGUGCAUGUAUGUUUUUUUUUGCCACAAGCUUUCCAGGUACUGA